CCCCGGUGCGCAGAAAAGCACAAGCAUGCCUCGUCUCUAGAGAGGCAGAGCGCAUCGAAGCGACCUGGAGACGUUUUUGGAUGACAGACCUGUGCUGCAGCUGCUGAGGAAGAGACGCGCGAGCGCAGGAGUUUUAUCCCAAGUUCACUGCAGCAGGUCGUUGUGAGAGCGACUCUGUUCUCAGGGACACAUCCCUGGGGACACACUUAUACCCAGACUCAAACACACACACACCCGCAAUCACACAUACACGCACAGGCACCAUGCAGGAGUCGGAGCCCACAGUGUGCCAGCUGCAGCCCAACAUCAUCUCAGUGCGUCUUUUCAAGAGGAAGGUCGGUGGCCUGGGAUUCCUGGUGAAGCAGAGGGUGUCCAAGCCGCCUGUCAUCGUGUCCGACCUGAUCCGUGGAGGCGCAGCAGAGGAGUGUGGCCUGGUGCAGGUGGGCGACAUUGUUUUGGCUGUCAACAACAAGCCCCUGGUGGAGCUGUCCUACGAACGUGCCCUGGAGACGCUGAAGAACGUGAUGGUUGAGAGCCAUGCAGUGCUGAUCCUCCGCGGGCCUGAGGGCUUCACCACCCACUUGGAGACCACCCUGUCCGGAGAUGGCCGCCAACGCACGGUGAGGGUCACACGUCCCGCCUUCCCACCCUCCAAGUCCUACGAGCACUGCUCCCCUCUGAGCCCCUUCAGCGCUGGGCAGCAGCAGCAGGUCAAUAAGGAGCCCCAGCUGAGGGCCAUUGAGAACCUGUCCUCUCCCUCCAUCACCCAGUCCAUCCUGCAGACAGGAGGCCUGCAGCCCCAGGAUUCCCUGCUGAGCCGCGGAGCGCUCCUGUGCAAUGGGAUGGAGGAGAACAACGAGCUCCUGAAGGAGAUCGAACCAGUGCUGCGCCUCAUCAAAAACAGCAAAAGGGAGAUCAAUGGAGAAGGCCAGAGGAAUGUGGGGAGAAGAGAUGCCCAGAUUCAAGUGGCCUGGGACCUUGGCGUGGGAAAUGGCACGGCUCCCCAGCUGGCGUCAGAUAACAACAGAAUGCUGGAAAACAUGCCGGUGGUGCUCCACAAUGCUGACACUAACAAGCCCCCGGCACAGGGAAGGACCUCGCCCACUAAGUCCCUUCAGAAUGGCAGCCCCUCCAAAUGCCCCCGCUUCAUUAAGGUCAAGAACUGGGAAACUGGCACCCUCUACAAUGACACACUCCACCACAGCUCCAGCAAGAUGCCACUCUGCACUGAAAAUGUGUGCAUCGGCUCUGUUGUGAUGCCCACUGUCCGCAAACCAGACGAGUUCAGACCCAAAGAGGAGCUUCUUCCACUGGCCACUGACUUUAUAGACCAGUACUACACCUCUAUCAAAAGGUUUGGCUCUAAGGCUCAUGUGGACAGGCUUGAGGAAGUAACCAAGGAGAUUGAAGCGUCGGACACUUACCAGCUGAAAGACACUGAACUGAUUUAUGGAGCCAAGCACGCCUGGAGGAAUGCUGCCCGAUGCGUAGGGAGGAUCCAGUGGUCCAAACUGCAGGUUUUUGAUGCUAGAGACUGCACAACAGCUCAUGGAAUGUACAACUACAUUUGUAACCACAUCAAGUAUGCCACCAACAAAGGCAACCUGAGGUCGGCUAUCACCAUAUUUCCUCAGAGGACAGAUGGUAAACAUGACUUUCGUGUUUGGAACUGUCAGCUGAUUCGCUAUGCUGGAUACAAAAUGGCUGAUGGAAAGAUCCACGGAGACCCCGCUAAUGUUGAAUUUACUGAGAUCUGCACGCAGCUGGGAUGGAAAGCUCCAAAGGGCCGUUUUGAUGUCCUGCCCCUCCUGCUGCAAGCCAAUGGAAAUGAUCCCGAGCUGUUCGAGAUUCCCGAAGACCUCAUCCUCGAGGUGCCAAUCACACACCCUAAGUACGAGUGGUUCAAGGACCUGGACCUGAAGUGGUACGGCCUCCCGGCGGUCUCCAACAUGCUGCUGGAGAUCGGUGGUCUGGAGUUCACUGGCUGCCCCUUCAGUGGCUGGUACAUGGGCACAGAGAUUGGCGUGAGGGACUUCUGUGACAGCUCGCGCUACAACAUUCUGGAGGAGGUUGCUGACAGGAUGGCCUUAGACACCAGAAAGACUUCCUCCCUUUGGAAAGACCAGGCACUUGUGGAAAUCAACAUAGCUGUUCUCUACAGCUUCCAGCUGUGCAAAGUCACCAUAGUGGACCAUCACUCAGCCACAGAGUCCUUUAUGAAGCACAUGGAGAAUGAGUACCGGGUGCGAGGUGGCUGUCCCGGGGACUGGGUGUGGAUUGUGCCUCCCAUGUCAGGAAGUAUCACACCGGUGUUCCACCAAGAAAUGCUCAACUAUCGCCUCACCCCUUCCUUUGAGUACCAGCUUGAUCCCUGGAAUACCUAUGUGUGGAAGGGAGUCAACGGGACGCCGACAAAGAAGAGAACCAUUGGAUUCAAGAAGCUUGCCAAGGCUGUGAAGUUUUCAGCCAAGCUCAUGGGCCAAGCCAUGGCCAAGAGGGUGAAAGCCACCAUACUGUUUGCAACGGAGACAGGCAAAUCGCAAGAUUAUGCCAAAACUCUGUGUGAAAUCUUCAAGCACGCAUUCGAUGCAAAGGUGAUGUCGAUGGAUGAAUACGAUGUGGUGGACCUGGAGCACGAAACGCUGGUGUUAGCGGUGACCAGCACAUUCGGCAAUGGGGAUCCACCAGAAAAUGGAGAGAAAUUUGGUGCUGCCUUAAUGGAGAUGCGCCACCCCACAUCCAACACAGAAGAUAGAAAGAGCUACAAGGUCCGUUUCAACAGCGUGUCCUCCUACUCUGACACUCGCAAGUCCUCCAGUGACGAGCCAGAACCCAGGAUUAACUUUGAGAGUACCGGACCACUCGCCAAUGUCAGUGGACAGAUUCCUGACAUUCUGAACAUGAUAAAAACACAAAAAUGUUGCUCUAAACUAAAGUUCUCAGUGUUUGGCCUUGGCUCCAGGGCCUACCCACACUUCUGCGCCUUUGCCCACGCUGUGGACACGCUGUUUGAAGAGCUGGGGGGGGAGCGCAUCCUACGUAUGGGAGAGGGAGAUGAGCUGUGUGGCCAGGAGGAGUCAUUCAGAACCUGGGCCAAGAAGGUUUUUAAGGCUGCCUGUGACGUGUUCUGUGUUGGCGAUGACGUGAACAUCGAGAAGGCCAACGACUCCUUGAUCAGCAACGACCGCAGCUGGAAGAAGAGCAAGUUCCGCAUGACGUACACAGCUGAAGCCCCGGCCCUCACAGAAGCAUUGCACAGUAUUCACAAGAAGAAGGUAUAUGGUGCAAAGAUGCUAGAAUCUCAAAACUUGCAAAGUCCUAAAUCCAAUCGCUCCACCAUAUUUGUGCGGCUCCACACUAACAACCACGACAAGCUGAGCUACCAGCCCGGCGACCAUCUGGGCAUCUUCCCUGGCAACCACGAGGACCUGGUGACAGCACUCAUAGAUAAACUGGAAGACGCUCCACCUGUCAAUCAAAUUGUGAAAGUGGAGUUCCUGGAGGAGAGGAACACUGCCCUAGGUGUUAUCAGUAACUGGACAAAUGAAACUCGGAUCCCUCCCUGCACCAUCUACCAGGCCUUUCAGUACUUCCUGGACAUCACCACCCCACCGAGCCCUGUGCUGCUUCAGCAGUUUGCUGCUUUGGCAACCAAUGACAAACAGAAAAAGAAACUAGAGAUCCUCAGCAAGGGCUUGCAGGAGUACGAGGAGUGGAAGUGGUUCAAUGAUCCAACGCUGGUGGAGGUGCUGGAGGAGUUCCCCUCAAUCCAGAUGCCCUCCACUCUGCUGCUCACCCAGCUGCCCCUGCUGCAGCCCCGCUACUACUCCAUCAGCUCCUCUCCAGACCUGCACCCAGGAGAGAUCCACCUCACCGUUGCUGUGGUCUCUUACCGUGCCCGGGAUGGAGAGGGACCUAUUCACCAUGGAGUGUGUUCCUCGUGGCUCAACAGGAUAGAGAAGGGGGAGAUGGUGCCAUGCUUUGUCAGAGGUGCACCAUCAUUCCAACUUCCCAAAGACAACCAAGCACCUUGUAUCCUGGUGGGUCCAGGAACAGGUAUCGCCCCAUUCAGAAGCUUCUGGCAACAAAGACUAUAUGACCUUGAACACAACGUAAUAGAGUCGUGCCCCAUGAUCCUGGUGUUCGGUUGUCGGCAGUCUGAGAUGGACCACAUCUACAAGGAGGAGACCAUCCAGGCCAAGAACAAACAAGCAUUCAAGGAGCUCUAUACAGCCUAUUCCAGAGAGCCCGGCAAACCAAAGAAAUAUGUACAGGAUGUACUGCGGGAGCAGCUGUCAGAGAUGGUGUACCAGUGCCUGAGGGAGGAGGGAGGACACAUCUACGUGUGUGGGGAUGUUACAAUGGCUGGGGAUGUUCUAAAGACCAUCCAGCAAAUCAUCAGGCAGCAGGGCAACAUGACGCUGGAGGAUGCUGGCUUCUUCAUCAGCAAGCUUCGGGAUGAGAACCGCUACCAUGAAGACAUCUUUGGAGUCACCCUGCGUACCUACGAGGUCACCAACAGGCUUCGUUCAGAGUCCAUAGCCUACAUUGAGGAGAGCAAAAAGGACUCAGAUGAGGUUUUCUGCUCGUAGGUCUGUGAAGCGGCGGCAUUCUGUCAACAACCAGUCUGGAGAACACAGCAACGCUGGUUAAAAAAUACUGUGCCAAUUUUUGUACUGUAAAAAAAUCAAAACAGGUUUCUUUCUUUUUUUUUAUACCACUUAAAUGUUUUUGUUGGGCUCUGCGAUUUUGUCUGUAGCAAGUUGGAAAUGUUCUGUUCUCUGAAAAUCUGUUUUGCUUGUUGAUGAUACUUCCAAAAAUUAUUAAUUGAUCAUUUUGAUUCAUAAUGUGUGCACCUAGUGUAAUGACCUGCCUCAUUGUGAAUGCAUGACCAAGAAAAGAAUAUACUCAAGAAAUAUAAUAUACUCUGUGUUACUGUUACAGUUAAAAGGCUUUUAUUGGGGUUUCCUAUUUUACGAGUAGAAGUGUGGCAUUGAUAACAAACCUGCAGAUGUUUCAGAAAUAUGAAUACAAGGGACAUUUCAGAAAAGAUUGGAGCUGGGGUUUUUCUUUCAAUUAGUGUCAGGAAAAAGUCAAAUGGAAGAGAUGAUCAAAGAUGUACAGGCAUGCAGAUAGGAAAAAACUGAAAGACAGAUAUUGUGAAAGCAAAUUUGGCAUGCUAACAGGUUGCCCUGAUUAUAAAAACAGCGAUUGUGUCAGAGCCUCAAAUACUAUAUUAAAUAGCUAUUCAAUGGCAGUCCAUCAGCCUCUUUGCUAGCUCUCUUUUUAUUGGCCUAUCCAUUCCCUCCCAACAUCAUAAUUGUUUUCUGUCUCCCAGCUGGUGCUUGUCCUCAAUUUGAAGGUCAAGAAGCAAGAAGGCUGAACCUGAGAUAUAUUUAAAGAAAGUAAUUCAUUAUUCAUUCAUUUUCUAAUUUUAAUCUAAGCAUUGAUGUGUUUGCUACAGUAAAAUAUUAUCCUAAUCAUAUAUCAAUCAUAUAAUCAUGCUUGAUCCAACAUUCUUUUUGACAUUUUUUGAAUUGCACAUUAUUGUUCUAUGAUUGAAUCAUUAGUUUAUAAGUUAAAGGUGUCAUUUAGGGUAUACAUUGAUCUCUUGGCCAGGAGUGAGAUGAGAAUAUUAAUAUUAUUUAUUUUACUAUGGUUAAUGAGAAGCUUCAUUCAACAGCCGGUUUGAGGAAUUCAGACAAAGCAAGGAUUGCGUUAAAGGGGCAUGUCCUUCCUGUCUUAACGCAGACUUAGCUUAGCAUAAAAACUGGAACCCUAAGGAAAUGCAACAAUAUCUCCCUACCAAGUGCCCUAAAUAUGAACUUUUUUGUCCCCCGGUCACCCCACAUCCUCAAUACAUUUUUGGUGAAACUUCAUUAGGCUUAACAAAGACCUGUGUCCUCAUUUGUUGGCAGGUUUUUUGCCAUUUGUGGUAGCACAUUGCACAAAUCGGAGUUAAAACAACAUGGCAGUCAACACACACACACACAAACACACACACACACACACACACACACACACACACACACACACACACACACACACACACACACACACACACACACACACACACACACACACACACA